AUGGGAAUAAGACCGCGGUUCUGUCUGUUUGCGAUCCCUACUGUUCGUGGCUAUGUAUCAACGAGGUCGAAGUUCCAACAUCUUUAUCACCAACAUGUACUUUACUCCUGUGAGUUGAUCACAAGGAGCAAUAUGAUGAACCAACCAGUCCCCAUUCCUCCUGUCAGUCUGUCAGAGGAACCAGUGGCACCUCCUAAUUGUAUCUCACCACCACUACCACAGGACCACCAACCAAGUAUGCCUGGUUCCCCAUCAAUUAAAAGAGGUGUCUCAAAUAUCGUACGUCCAGCUGAUAUGAUGGAUGCAUCUGAUUCUGUAAAAUUAACAGGAACAUUUAAGUCUUCUGGUAAAGAGGGAGAUGUAUUUGCUGAUAAUUAUGGCUUAUCAAGGAUUGAAGAGCAUGCUGUUGCAACUAUGGAUACUGUGGCCCCUUCUAAUAAUGACAACAGCUAUCCUUUAUCAUCUGCCAUAUUCUCUACUAAACCAGACAACAAUGGCAGAGAAGAUUCAAUGACUUGUAACAGCAAGGAAAUUCCUAUAACUGAUGACAUAAAUAAUUUUGAAGAUGUUGCAACUAUGGAUGCUGUGGCCCCUUCUAAUAAUGACAACAGCCAUCCUAUAGCAUCCACCAUAAUCUCUACUAAACCAGACAACAAUGGCAGAGAAGAUUCAAUGACUUGUAACAGCAAGGAAAUUCCUAUAACUGAUGACAUAAAUAAUUUUGAAGAUGUUGCAACUGUGGAUGCUGUGGCCCCUUCUAAUAAUGACAACAGCCAUCCUAUAGCAUCCGCCAUAAUCUCUACUAAACCAGACAACAAUGGCAGAGAAGAUUCAAUGACUUGUAUCAGCAAGGAAAUUCCUAUAACUGAUGACAUAAAUAAUUUUGAAGAUGCCUCCAACCAUUCUGAGAGCAGUGGAAGUAGUGAGAGCAUCGAAAUCAUAAGUGACUCUGAGCCUGAAGAAGUCUGGGCCCAUGGGCCCAGACACAUUAGCACCAGCUGCAGUGAUGAUGUGAUUCAGAGCAUUAUGAUGAAUAACCACCACCACCUACUACCACCAGAGGAGGACAAACCAGUAACAUACCCCAGUGAUGAUGACCCACCACCAGUAGCACCACCAAAUGAUGGGUACAUACCGCCUAGAUUGAAUGGGGGAAGAUCUGUCACUAAAGAAGGUGAUCUGAAGACUGAUGAUGUAAAACUGAAUGAUUCAGGAAUCGGGUCAAAUGAAACAUCAACAGAAACGUCUGAAUUUGAAGAUGCCACUACAGAUUCAGAGAUCAGUGAUACUGAUAGCUUUGAUGUACUUACUGACCCUGAACCCGAUGAGAUAUUUGGUUUUACUUCUGAUAUUGAGGAAGGACUAAUAUCGACAAGUAGUUCACCUUUCUAUGAACUGUACUUACUAGAAGGAAAGAAAAUCAAGAUGGUCUUGAAGAGAGAAAAUGUUUACGAAGCAUUCCAAAACUUCUAUGGAAAAGACAUCAGUUUUUUGUUGUUUGACAUGGAACAUGAGUUCAUCAAUGAGCCUGGUGAGGGUUGUGGAUUGACGAAAGAGGCAUUCACACUCUUUCAUGAGCAAGGACGACAUCCACAAUACGGAGGAGACAAACAACUCACUCCAGAAACAUCUGGUAUUAAAUCCAAAAUAUUGGCUCGAGUUAUGUACCACGGAUUUAAGCUCACCGGACAGUUUCCUUCCUUUCUGUGUACAGCAUUCAUUAUUGCCUUAAUAACCAGAUGCAAUAUAAGGGAGUAUGGAAAAGAUUAUUUAAUGAAAUCUUUCAUUAAUUGUGUAUUAUAUAACAAUAAAGCAAUAUUUCUAGAAGCAGCCAACAAUGGUUUACAAAAUAUGUCUUUGAAUGAUAGGAAUAUGCUAUUCAGAGACAUUAACAUGGAAAGAAGAGCUGCUAAUUUAGAACCAAGAAACAUAGAUGAAGGAAAUUGGCAAGAAAUUCUUCUUGAUUUAGCCCACUUUGUCCUAAUUGAGAAACCAUCAUGCAGAGAAGUGAUUGAAGAGUUCCAAAUCUGCAUGUCCACUGAUGGUGUCCCAUUAUAUGACAUGGUUGAGGCACGAAAACAGGUAGAAAACACUACUCCUACAGCUGCAGCAAUUCUACUAAAAUUAGAGUGUGCUCCCAAAAAUCAAGCAGAGGAAGAAGCCAAAGGGUUCCUCUAUAGAUUCAUUGGAUCUUAUUUCAAUAACCGAGUUAUGGCAGAACGAUUUCUGGUAUUCUGUACAUCAAGUACUAGCCUGCCAUUUGAACGAAUUAAUAUCUGUUUCAAUGCAGAAAAUGGUCUGUCAAGAGCAGUUAGGGCUCACACAUGUGGCAAUUUGUUGAAUGUUCCAACAACUUAUUCCACCUUUAGGGAAUUUAGAGAUGAAUUCUUGGCGAUUCUUUCAUCUAAGGAGUCUUUAGUAUUUGGUUUCCAAUGAGGAGCUCAAUUUAGGGUGGCCGGGACCUUGUACGACCUUUUCAUAUGUAGUAUGAGUGUCAUUCCCAAAACAGACAAGGCUAUAUUUUCUACACUUCCCUCUUUUUAAGCAUCAUCAGGAAUAAUAAAUAAUACAAACCAUAUAUAUUUUACCAGAAAUCUAGUUUCUCUAAUAAGGUAACUGAUUAUUUUAUUUAAUCUCUGUACACUGGUUCUCAUUCUGAUAACAUGCUUUAUUUUAUUUAUUCACAAUUAUUUAACCAGGGUGGCCCAAUCAGUGCAGUAUAAAAGUAUAAAUUUCAAAUAAUCUACAUUCCUUACUCUUUGUCUUUAAACAAAAUGCAUAUUAAUUAGGAUUUCUGGUAAUUUGUAGUAAUAAUAAUAAUAAUUGUCGACUUAUAUAGCGCAUAUUGUAGACUAACCUCUAUGCGCUUUACAUUAUUACCCCCGGUCACUGGAUCAAGCACAUAGAACACAACAUUUAUGACCCAUAAUGUUGUGUUUGAACCUACCAGGUACCCACUUGUACUCCUGGGUGAAGAGAGACAACCAUAGAUAAAGUGCCUUGGCCAAGGACACAAGCGACUUGCACAGUGAGAGUCUCUGUGUAUAAACUGAAUAUUCCUGAUGAUGCUUAAAAGUGAAAGGUGGAACAAAACAGCCUUGUCAAUUUUUGUAGUGACAUUCAUACUCUUUGUAUGUAUUUAAAGAUGUAGUGUCCCUUGAGUAUCACUAAAAAAAAUCAUAAAAAAUAAUUUUGAAAUUAACUUGCUAAAAAUACCCAGAUUUCGCUGGCCACAUUUUGGAAAAAUCCUGAAAAUUGGUAGGUCGGUAGGGAUUUUUUUUUUACCAUAAACGUGUUUAUGCUUAAAAUGUAGAAAAUACACAAAAAUACAACAAAGACCAUUUUUAAAUGUACAUUGAAAAGCAAAAUGAUUGCACAACGCUGUCGCAUCACCUACCAUCCAGCAAGAUAGGUCUGUUCCAGCCCUUUUAGUUCAUUAAAAAUAUUUCUUGUCAAAACCUUCCCCCACCCCACAAAAAAAUACAACAAUAUUUAAAAAAAUUUGGCCUUAAAAUAAAAGUAAUAUAAGAUUUUCAGUGACUGCAAGUGUUUCUAUAAUUUUUCAUGGUAAAAUGAUGGGUAAACAUUUUUUAAAUACUGUUUUCUAUGCUGAUAAUCUUCACGUUACUUCAAAAUGGGCCAGUUAAUUUCAAAAAUAUGAUUUUUAUGAUUUUUUGGUAUUUUGCAUGGGACAAUACAUAUUUAUACUUAGUGCACGUCUAGUUUCUUGUUAGAUGUGUGUUUUAAUAUCAGUUUUGUUGUAUAAAGUUACAAUAUAAAAAAAAGCAGCAGGUGUGUUUACACCUGCUUAAAAUUUCACAAUAUUGUGGCUGCAACAAAGCAGAUUAUGUAAACAUACAUUUACUGGGCAUCUAAAUUUGCAGAAAUUCUUUAUCUAAAUCCAAGGUUGCUUUGUAUAACUACAGCAAAACUGUAAAUAACUUUAAUUUGAUGUAAAUACUGCUUUGCAUACUGUAAAUAACUUAAUAAGUUGAUUUGACGUAAACAUUGCUUUGAUACUUACUGCAAUAACUGUAAAUAACUUAGUAAGUAAAUUUAACUUAAAUAUUGCUUUGAAUAGUUACUAUAAUAACUGUAAAUAACUUAGUUAAUUUGACCUAAUUGCUUUGCUAAUAUAACUGUAAAUAUUAAGUAAAUUUAACUUAAAUAUUGCUUUGAAUAGUUACUAUAAUAACUGUAAAUAACUUAGUUAAUUUGACCUAAAUAUUGCUUUGCUAAUAUAACUGUAAAUAUUAAGUAAAUUUAACUUAAAUAUUGCUUUGAAUAGUUACUAUAAUAACUGUAAAUAACUUAGCUAAUUUGACCUAAAUAUUGCUUUGCUAAUAUAACUGUAAAUAUUAAGUAAAUUUAACUUAAAUAUUGCUUUGAAUAGUUACUAUAAUAACUGUAAAUAACUUAGUUAAUUUGACCUAAUUGUUUUGCUAAUAUAAUUGUAAAUAUUAAGUAAAUUUAACUUAAAUAUUGCUUUGAAUAGUUACUAUAACAACUGUAAAUAACUUAGUAAGAUAAUUGAACCUAAAUAUUGCUUUGAAUAAUUACUAUAAUAAAUAUAAAUAACUUUAGUAAGUUAAUUUAAUCUAAAUAAAAAAUAUGUUCUAUGGUAAACAAAAUUAUUGAUCUACAUUACCAUUCAGUGUGUAAACAACAACUAACACCUAAUUUGUUUGACAACCAGAACUGCUGACAAUAUGUAUAUAUUUGCACUUAAUAAAAUAGAAAUUAAUUAUCAGCAAUCAAGCUGA